ACUGUUGUACAGGUUAUACUAAUUUGCGUUGAUUUCUACUAAAGUACUUGGUACUGACCUGACAGUACAAUCAGGAACAUUUUUUUCUGUCCUGGUGUGGUUGAUUUGGAAUGGUUUGGUUGAGGUUAGGCCAGAAGUAAACAACUUACAAAAAGGAUAAUAUAGUCUACGAUGUUUUUAACAAUAUCCCUGUUAGCGAAAAAAGUAAAGUCAAAGCACAUAAUGGUAUGUAUGGAGAGUGUUGUUAGUGGUCAUAGAACUAAUAUGAUAAGAGAGCGGCUGGGAGAGAAAAUGGAAAUUAUUCGAUUUGAUCCUCUAAUUCAGCAAGACUCAAUCUACAAAGAACUGAAGAAAGUGAAAAGCAUGUCAGCCAAGUACAAGCCAAUCACUCGACCAUUUAGACCUGUUUCUCGAUUUGCAAUCCAGUAGUGUUCCGUUUCAAUGUACACAUGUAAAUAUGCCUAGAUAAUAAAAGUAUCAUUACAUUGUUUA